UGUCAACAAAGACUCGGAUCUUCUCGCGAGAUCUUCAGCGUACGAGCUCAUCAUUUGAUAAGCCAAAAAUGGAUUGUAAUAAACGAUUGUAAAUCGAUGCCUUUAUGGUAUUGUGAUUAACAGUAAUACACGUCCGUUUUUUUUAUUCAGCUUAGUUUGAAUUAUGUCCGGUUACAACUAAAAGAUCCGGAAUGUUGGCAUAUUUGAGGGCGGUCAUUCAGUUAGCAUGCUAACAAGCUAACCUUUGUAGUACCAUCACUGUCGAGUUAAUCGGAAAAUGUAUCUUCUCUAUACAGUUGUUGCCUCUUUAAGUGUAUUUUUAGUUUUAAAAUGGAUGAAAAGGAGGAGAUAUUUCACAGAGCUGAAAAGACUUGAUGGUAAAACUGUUCUUAUUACAGGAGGUAACUCUGGUACUGGCAAGGAGACAGCUGUUGCCCUAGCAAUGAGAGGCGCCCGUGUCAUCAUUGCUUGCAGAGACCCUGAAAAGGCUGAGGAGGCCGUGAGAGAGAUCAAACUUCAGAGUCGAUCUUUUAACGUCUUCCACAUGGAGCUGGAUCUGGCCAACCUGUGCUCUGUUAGGGAUUUUUGCAAGAAGUUUCUGCAGAAGGAGAAGAGUCUGCACAUUCUGGUAAAUAACGCAGGUAAGUUCAUGCUUCCUGGAUAUAAAACACAUCCGAUUAAAACAGGUCAAUGUUCCAUCAUGCCCAGGUCAUGUCAUGUCAUGCAUUUCCCCACUGGGUCUUCCUCAGGCAUGCCCGGCAUCCUUGACUGGACAGACGACGGCUUCAGCAUGUGCUUUGGAGUCAACCACCUGGGCCACUUCCUCUUAACAAACCUGCUUCUGCCGCGGCUGAAGGAGUGCGCCCCCAGCCGGGUCAUAACUCUCACUUGCUCCAGCUACAAAUACCAGAAGUUGGACUUUCAGGACCUCAACUACAACCUGCUGCCUUUCUUCACCUACUGCCGCAGCAAGCUGGCCAACAUCUACUUCAGUCAGGAACUGGCCCGCAUCACCGAGGGAAAAGGAGUGACUUCCUAUGCCGUGCAUCCUGGUUUUGUCCAGAGCGGCUGGACGUGCCACUUCUCGUUUCUGUUCCGGAUGUUCAUGCAGGUGAUCAUGUGGAUGUUUUCUGUGCCGUGUGAGAUCGGAGCUCAGACCGUCAUCUACUGCGCCGUGUCGGACGAAGCUGCCAAGCACAGCGGGGGUUACUUCGUCGACUGCCAGCCUGCCACUUUGCGUCCAUUUGCAAGAGACGCAGGUGUGGCAAAAAAACUGUGGGAGGCCAGUGAGAGGCUGGUGAAACUGGCAUAAUCAGAGAGCCUCAAGACAAUUACACUGAAGUUAUUUAUUAUUAUUGUUAUGUGUUUAUUGUAAACUUUGUGAAAAAUGCAAAUCUUCCUGUUCAGUUGUUUACAUUUUCACCAACAAUCUGUAACAUUAUGUUUUUUAUGCGUUAACUAAACAUUAAAAGAUUUAAUGUAAGAUAAAUGUUUGGCUGCUUUGAAAA